AAUUAUUUAAAAAAAAAUAAAAAUAGAGUUGAUUGGUAUUUGUUUACUAUUGCAGUAAGAACGAAAAAAAUAUCUCCAGGAUCAGAUUUCAAUUUUCCUUAGAGCACUGUGGAGUUGCUUUUAGUUUAAAUCUAAUUUAUUUUUUAUAUUUUUCAAAAUUUUAUGCAUAUUUAGUACAUAAAAGCAAUGUUCAGAAUUUUCAGCAAAUUAUGUGGGAAUGCUAGAUAUUGUAGCAAAAUUCUACCUUCAUUAAAUUCGAACAAUCAAAGCACAUCAUUCAUAUUGACAAAAAAGGUUCACACUACGAAAAUAUUAAAAGAUUUAAUGGAAUUUUUUGAUGAUAAAAAAAAUUGGGGUGAAAGUGAGGUUAAAGUUGGAAGACACUGGCAACUGGAUGAACUCCGAAUCAAAUCAAAUGUUGAUUUACACAAACUUUGGUAUAUAUUAUUGAAAGAAAGAAACAUGCUUCUGACAAUGGAACACGAAUGCAACGAAAAUAUGCAACUUUUUCCUAGUCCGGAAAGACUUGACAAAGUGAAAAUUUCAAUGCGAAAUUUAGAAACGGUUGUUAGAGAAAGAAAUAGGGCUUAUCACGAAUUAGAAACAGGUGAGAGUGGAGAGAGACCCGGACAAAUGGUAACCAACUCCCUUGGCUAUAACUUUUAUUAUAAAUCAUGUGAACACGUUAUACCGCAAUUUAUGAACUCAAAAUGGUAUAAAACUCAUAAAUUUGAUUCUAGUACGAAAGUUCCAUUGAAAUUCCAGCUGUUAUACCGUGAGAAACUUUACAAUCAAAAGAGGAGGGCAAAAAAUCGCAGAAGAAAUGAAGUGAUGAUGUUAUUAAGGAGGAAUCCGGGAUUAGAUAAAAAUUUGCUUCAGGAAAGGUUCCCAGAUGUUGAUAUACCAAAAUUAAUACAAAAAGAUAAAACCAGAGGCCAUUUUGUGCCAGAAAUAGAAAAAAAAUAAUAGAAUCAAUAUUAUAAAUUUUUGAAUAUAAAAACAUUUUUAUAUUAUAAGCGUGUAUGUAGAUACAUAUAUUGUACAUCAUAUUGAAUUUGGAUUUUUUAGUUUAUACAAAAAUAAAUUGUUAAAUUAGAA